AUGUUGACAGCAAUCUUCUUGCUCUCAUCACUCGCUCUAGCUACGAGGAAACUCAUUGACGGGCUAGAUGAUACAGACUGCCAGCUGAGGUGCCCUAAGAGCGCCGAUCGGCAGCAGGUCAUUCUUCCUGCGAUCACCCAAGUCCAGCAUAAAACAGGCGAGUGGGAGAACAUACUCGAGUGCUGGUCUGUGAAGACAACGACGCCCUACAUGCCAGGCGUAGACAACGCGUUCCGGAUAAACUGGGAGAGUGGCUUCGACGCGCUCUACCAGUACAUCUUCUACGAUACCUCUUUCAUGCCGCCGCAUUCAACGCCCGAGCCGAGCUUGGCUAUAAUGAGCGCAGGAAUCGGCGAUGUAAGGGUACCAUCCGGUAGAUGUCUGCGGGUUAAGCCCGGCGACAUCUUCUUCAAUGUUGGGAUUCAGGGUCUUCAGACCGCUUGGUGGUCAGAGGACGCAGUUAUCUCGGAUCUGUACUUUAAAGGGGGCAAAAUCCCAGAACAUGAGGUGGUCCCGGAGCUCCCGAGCAGUGCUGAGCGCGUUCCCCCGAAGAGAGCGGAGUUGUAA